AUGCUCUCGUUGAAACUUUGCUUGACGGUGCUGUCGAUGUUAGACAUGGCAACGGGCCAUGCAAGCUUGAGAGCCUGGUCAGGAGAUGGGAUAGAUGCCUCUGGGAAUGCAACGCCCGAUCUGGCAAAUGCCGCUGUCAGUCCAGGAAGGGGCCGCUUGACAGAGAUGAGGAUAUCUCAUGCAAUGGCAGGGAUGUAUACUUACAAGAUUGAAAUCGUCUUGCCAAACGUCGGACAGACCUUGAGCUCUCUGAAGCCUUCUCCCUUGCCUGGAUGGAACCUGCGACACAAUCCGAGUAGUUCUAGCACGGAAACGCAAAAAAAGCUUACGUACACUGCCUAUCUUGGCCAUGAAUUGUUCGACCAAUGGUAUCUUCAAAUACCAAUCUCGAUGAAUUUCAAAUGCAAUACACAGUACAACGAUCCUCUCAUUAGAGGCUGUGGCUCCAUAGAACAAGACAUGAUCGUGUACGCGCUCUUUCCUGUGCGGCAGCAUUUGUGCGAGGUGAAUGUAAAUGGUGUGUGCGUACCCAACGGACGGACCCUGGACUGGGCAGACUUUGCAGAGCCUUCAAGCAACGCAACGAAACUAUCAGACUCAUGCAAUGCUAAGAGUAGCCCUGGGAUCAAAGUCUUUCGGAGUCCUCUGGUACGGGCCACAUGCAAUGUAUCUGUUACUACACCCCAGCCUGCGUUCGCGCUGUCCACGGCUUUUGAAUCGCCUUGCAGUGGUGAAAGCUGCAACUCUGGAGUCCGAGCAGCCUCGCCAGCGUCUACAACGGUGAUUGCAAACGGUGAUACAACGGCUUCAACUGCAACUUCCAGCUCGGGUUCAGAACACGUUCAUUCCUUGGUGAAUCGGUGGACGAUUGCAUCGUUGAUCAUGCCGUCUUUGGUGUACAUGGAGAGGUUGGCCAAGUCCAUGUUCGAGUAG